ACGCUCAAUCCAUGCUACGAGUCACUUCUCUCUCUCUCUCCUUCACUCCGUCUUUAAUUCUCCCUCUAACCUCUGCUCCCAUUCCAAUCUCCUGUUUCCAUUUUCCCCAAAAUGCCAAGGUGGAGUCGAAUUUUCCGGCGCCGUUCAACUCAAUCAGAAAACAACAACGACGACGAUCCAGCCGAAUGCCACGCCUGUACCCGAAUCGGCAUUCCUGUUUUCCACUCCACGAGCUGUGACCCGUCCCACCAGCCCGAAUGGGAGGCUCUGGCCGGUUCGUCUCUCCUCCCGAUCAAAAACCGGUCCAGCCGCAAAUCACAAGCGGACCGGACCGCCGGAGACCGGCAACCGGCGGGACCAUCCGACGUCGUUUUCGACCCCCGCAGCGAAAUCGUGCAGAAGUGGAACCGGGCUGUCCUGAUGGCGCGCGGCGUCGCGCUGGCAGUCGAUCCUGUGUUCUUUUUCUCGCUUGCCGUCAGUAGGGGUGGACGGCCUGCGGUUUACGUAGACGGUGGGGUCGCGGCGGUCGCGGCAGUUGUUCGCACGUGCGUGGACGCAGUGCAUUUGUGCCACCUGUUGGUUCAGUUUCGGUUGGCGUACGUGUCGAGGGAGUCGUUGGCGGUUGGGUGCGGGAAGCUCGUGUGGGACCCACGUGCGAUCGCUUCUCACUAUCUCCGGUCUUCCAAGGCCUUCUGGUUCGACGCCUUCGUAAUUGUUCCCGUCCCUCAGGUUUUAUAUUGGCUUGUAGCACCGAAAUUAAUAAGAGAAGAAAGAAUAGAGGUGGUAAUGACGACACUUGAACUGAUUUUCUUGUUCCAGUUCAUUCCCAAGGUUUACCACAGCUUUUUCUUGAUGCAAAGAAUGAGAAAGGUCACAGGCUACGUAUUCGGCACCAUCUGGUGGGGCUUCGCCCUUAAUCUCAUUGCCUACUUCCUCGCCUCUCAUGCUGCUGGAGGAUGCUGGUAUAUUCUCUCAAUUCAAAGAAUAGCAUCAUGCCUCUCACAGCAGAAUUACAUAAGUACUGGAAAUUACCAGACAUUUGAGAUUCAACGCAAUCGUAACUCCUCAUUUCCAAAGAUGGCCAGAAAGGAAUUGUGCUUCGAUGUGAAUGGAGCGUUCCCAUAUGGAAUCUAUCAGUUUGCUCUUCCUCUCAUUUCAACAAAUUCAACCGCUAUUAAAAUCCUCUAUUCCAAUCUUUGGGGUCUAAUGGCUCUUAGCACCAUGGGCAAUAAUCUGGAGCCGACAAGCAAGUGCUCAGAAGUGUUGUUCUGCAUUUGUGUGGUGCUUGGCGGCCUAAUGCUCUUCACAUUACUGAUUGGUAAUAUUCAGGUAUUUUUGCACGCGGUCACAGCAAGGAGGAGGAAGAUGCAGGUGCGAUAUCAGGACAUGCAGUGGUGGAUGAGAAGGAGACAGUUGCCAGUUCCGCUGAGAAAAAGAGUCGGUCAUUUUGAAAGACAGAGGUGGGCGACCAUGGGAGGUGUUGAGGAUGAGAUGGAAUUGAUCAAAGAUUUACCUGAAGGCCUACGACGAGACAUCAAGCGUCAUCUUUGCUUGGACUUGAUCAAGAAGGUACCUCUGUUCCACUGCUUGGACGAUCUCAUCCUCGAUAACAUCUGCGACCGCGUUACACCUCUGGUCUUCUCCAAAGGUGAAAAGAUUAUGAGAGAAGGAGACCCAGUACAGAAGAUGAUAUUCAUAGUUCAUGGGCGGAUAAAGAGAAGCCAAACCCUCAGCAAAGGCACCCUGGCCGCCACCACACUACAACCCGGAACCAUUUUGGGCGACGAGCUCCUCUCGUGGUGCCUCCGUCGCCCAUUCAUAGACCGCCUUCCGGCCUCAAACGCGACCUUCAAAUGUCUCCAACCAGCGGAAGCAUUCAUUCUAGAAUUCGACGAUCUUCGGUACAUAACCGAUCAUUUCCGCUACCGAUUUGCCAACGAGAAGGUAAAGCGAACGGCGAGAUACUACUCGUCUAACUGGAGGAACUGGGCUGCUGUGAACAUACAGUUUGCUUGGCGGCGGUACAGGACGGGAAUCAUUAGGGUUCCAGUCAGUAGUGAGACGGAAAAUGGAGGUGGGGAGAUCCGGCUCCGGCGGUAUGCCGCGGUUUUCAUGUCAUUAAGGCCACAUGAUCACCUUGAGUGAAAGGGGAAGGUUUAGAUGGUCACCUUAAUAUCUUGUAACGACUUGUAAGAAAUAAAAACUAUCAUAGGGAAAACACUUUCGUGUCUACAU